AAAACCGGAAGUGACCAUUUUGUUGCUCGGCUGGAGCGGACUUUAUCUUGCGUCACUGCUGCCUUAAAGCUGGGCAUCCAGGCCACAGAGCAGAACCAGACCUGCUCUGAAAGCUCAACGAGAAGGUGGACUACCAGCUGGACUAUAAGGUGGACUCCAGAAGCGGACGUGCACGCGCCUCUGACGGCGUCUUCAGCGCGGGCACCCGACCUUCUUUUCCACAAUGGCGGACACGGAAGUUUCUUUCUCUCCGGCCCUGCGGCUGCUGCACUUAAGCCCCGCCCACACGACUGAGCCCCCUCCUUCUGCCUCCUCCUCCUCCCCCACCACCUUCUCCUGCCCCUCCUCUCCUUCCAGCGCCUCCUCGUCAUCCUCGUGUUCUUCCGACAGCUCCUCUGACCGGCCAGGCCGCCGCCGCCAUCGCCAUAAUCAGCCCCGGCCCCAGCUUCCGCUGCCCCCACCCCCUCAGGACGAGCGGCCAUCCUCGCCCAGCGCCAGCCCCCGCAGCUCCAGCCCCAGCGGGAGCAUCGGGAGCACUGGCAGCCUCAGUAGUGCCAGCGAGGGCACGGCCAGUGGCGGCGUUGCAGCCAGUGAUGGCGCCGACGCCUCCGGGCCUGGUCCCCACCUAGACGUCAUUUCAGAGAGCGCCAUGGAAGUGGACCAAGUCAUUGACCCGGAAGUGGCGCUGAAGGCGUGUCAGGAAGUUCUCCUCAAGGUGAAACUACAGAGCCGGGAGGGGGCGGAGCCUCUUGCUCUAGAUGAGCGGCGGCACAUCGGAGCUGACACUGACUCCAUCAAAGAGGAAGACGAAGAUGAAGAGGCCAAUGGGCGUGGUCUUUGCCAGCGGGAGGCGCCUCCGUCAUCGUCGUCGUCCAAACAAUCCUGGCUGCUGCGCUUGUUCGAGUCCAAGCUCUUUGACGUGUCCAUGGCGAUGGCGUACCUGUACAAGUCCAAGGAGCCCGGUGUGCAGGCGUACAUCGGGAACCGCCUCUUCAGCUUCGCCGACAGCGAGGUGGACUUUUACCUGCCGCAGCUGCUCAACAUGUACGUGCACAUGGACGCCGAGGUGGGGGACGCCAUCAGACCUUACCUGGUGCAUCGCUGCAGGGGCAGCAUCGUCUUCUCCCUGCUGUGCGCCUGGUUGCUGGGCGCCUACUCGUCCGACAUGCACAUCUCCACGCAGCGACACUCCAGAGGCGCCAAACUCAGAAAGCUCAUCCUGUCUGAUGAGCUCAGGCCCCCCGGCGCCGCCCCCACGCGGACGUUGUCAGCCUCUGACUGCCCGGCAACAUCACCACCCCACCGCCGUACGCACCGGUGUCAUCACGGCAGCGACGCAGGCGUCCCAGGAGGGAAUGAGGUGUUUCUGUCGCCUUCCAGGAGGACACACCAGAGGUCCAAAUCAGACGCCACCACAGGGAGCGGUGGGCCCAGCUGUGGCCUCCGCAGGACAGGAAGUAACCCCAAAGUAGAGGCCGUCCACGAGGAGCCGGAGCGUCUGCGUCCGCAGCGCGACUUGGUCAAGUCGCUGCUGGCCAUCGGGAAGCGUCUGGCCACGUUGCCCACCAAAGAGCUGAAAACGCAGCGGCUGAUCUCAGAGCUGUCGCUCCUCAACCACAAGCUGCCCGCCCGAGUGUGGCUGCCCACCGCCGACUUCCAGCACCACGUGGUCCGCAUCCCGCACACGCAGGCCGUGGUGCUCAACUCCAAAGACAAGGCGCCGUACAUCAUCUACGUGGAGGUUCUGCAGUGCGAGAACUUCGAGACCUCCGCUGUUCCCGUUCGGAUCCCUGAGGCGCGGAUCCGCUCUGCCCGCUCCGCCGACAACCUGGACUGCGGUGCCACUGUGACGCCAGAGCAGCGCACGGCAAGUUUUUCCACCGUCCCCAACUACGACAACGACGACGAGGCCUGGGCCACCGAUGACAUCGGGCAGCUGCAGGUGGAGACCGGUAGCAGUGACAACAUCAGCCAGUUCUCUGUGGACAGCAUCACCAGUCUGGAGAGCAGGGAGGUGGUCUUCAUCGCGGCCGGAGACAUCAGACGCCGCCUGUCCGAGAACUUGGCACACACGCCCACCACGUUCAAGAGGGACCCUGAAGACCCCUCAGCUGUGGCCCUCAAGGAACCCUGGGAGGAAAAAGUCAGGCGUAUCCGGGAGGCGUCUCCGUAUGGUCACCUGCCGAGCUGGCGUCUUCUGUCCGUCAUCGUCAAGUGUGGUGACGACCUGAGACAGGAGCUGUUGGCCUAUCAGGUCCUGACGCAGCUGCAGUCCAUCUGGCAGCAGGAGAGAAUACCUCUGUGGAUCAAACCUUACAAGAUCCUGGUGAUGUCGUCGGACAGCGGCAUGAUCGAGCCCGUCCUCAACGCCGUGUCCCUCCAUCAGGUUCGUAAGCAGAGUCAGCUGUCGCUCCUCGACUACUUCCUGCAGGAACACGGCAGCCACAACACGGAAGAGUUCCUCACCGCUCAGAGGAAUUUCGUCCAGAGCUGUGCGGGAUACAGCCUCAUCUGCUACCUGCUGCAGGUCAAAGACAGACACAACGGGAACAUCCUGCUGGACUCGGAAGGUCACAUCAUCCACAUCGACUUCGGCUUCAUCUUAUCAAGUUCUCCCCGGAAUCUCGGCUUCGAGACGUCUGCCUUCAAACUCACCUCUGAGUUUGUCGACGUGAUGGGCGGUCUGGAUGGAGACAUGUUCCUCUACUACAAGAUGCUGAUGCUCCAAGGACUCAUCGCCGCCAGGAAGCACAUGGACAAGGUGCUGCACAUCGUGGAGAUCAUGCAGCAAGGCUCCCAGCUGGCCUGCUUCCACGGUUCCGGAACCAUCCGCGGCCUGAAGGAGCGUUUCCACAUGAGCCUGACCGAGGAGCAGCUGCAGGUUCUCGUGGAGCAGCUGGUGGACGGCUCCAUGCGCUCCAUCACCACCAAACUCUAUGACUCCUUCCAAUAUGUCACCAACGGCAUCAUGUGACCAGACCAUGGGUCCGCCUGGGAUUGACACUCUUCUAUGAGCUUUUACUUUCAUUCUGAACGAAGCACACAAACUCCACGCGAAGCACACGUGACCAAUGCUGAAUGUUUCUUCUUCAGGCGGCGUGAAUGCUAACAUGCUAUCAUUAGCCCGACUGAGCCUUCAGACGUGUUCGCGGCGUGAGAAAGACGACAGACGUGUUGCAAAUGGCGUCGGUUUGCGUUUGUUUUCAUAUUUGUUUUGUUGCUGAGACAUGACAGAACAUUCCAACUAAUGUUGGCGCGCUGUGAUUGGUCGACACGUACGUGCUGGGAAUUGACGGCAGCCAAUCAGGACGCUUUUUGAUUGUGUACGUACAAAGUGGUAACUUUCACUUGCCUAGCAUCAAAGCAGCCUUUAAGCAGGUACUUAGUAGUACCCAGUUACAUAACUUACCCACUAAAGAACAAAGUACGUACUAUGAAGCAACUGCAUAGUACUGCCACACAGUCCUGGUUUAGUAAUUACUACAGUAUUUUAAUGUAUAUGUGCGACUACACAUGGGCGUGCGUAUUACCAUGUAACCACUACUGUGUAGGAAAUACCACAUUCUAAAUCAGUAGUACUUAAGUAUAGUACUAAAGUCCACACUUGGUAGUACGCACUUCAUCGCUUACUUACUAGUUAGUAGUGCAUGUACUAACUACUACUGUGUAGUAGUUUAGUAGUGCAUACGCGCUAAGACAUAGUACUACUGUAGGGUAGUAGUUUAGUAGUGCAUAAAUACUUUAAAGUAAGUGCAUACUGCGGAAUGUACUCUCAGUCCUGUGCGUUAUGUAGUAUGCCACACUUAGUGUACUACGUCAUGUGCACUUGAUAGUACUUGCAGUGGUUGACUGCAGCCAAGGAGGAGGUUUGUGGUUGUGAACGUCAACGCUGAAUGGCAACAAUCUGGUUAGCUUUCACGACAGAGCAGCUAGCCUCGCAUCAGAGCUGCCUUUAAGAUGUUAUAAAUAAUGUACAGUCUAUAUUUAUAUUUACUGCAAGCAAUGCAUUCACAUUGUAUGUACUAACAAGCUAACUUCUUGUUUUUUUUUUUUGUUUUUAGUACAUACCUUCAAACUGGAAUAAGGUCUCUCGUUUGAUUGACUGUUGACACUUUUUAAAUAAAAUGAUGAAUAUACCACAGAGCAAGUGGAAUAAAAAAAAUACAAAUUCAUGUCAAACGUGUGUUACAUAAAUGUCACAUUGUUCAUGGUACUGUAAAUGUAUUUCUUGUUUGAAAAUAACUCACAUCACACAUUUUAGUGCUUUGUACCACACAUGUAUUUUCAAUUGAAGCAAAGAUAUAUUCAUUUAAAAUACUUGAAACUGUGAUAUUUGAGCAGCUUAUUAGACUUUUUUGAUCAAUUUUCAGCAUAAAAGCACACUAGCGAGUUUUCCUACCUUGUUUUGUAUGAAUUAAGUCAAGAAAUAUAGUAGCAUUUAUUGUAGUAUAGUAAUAUGCGACACCCUAUUCAAACAUUAAUUGUUAAAGGACUUAUUAUGUACCCAUUUGGGUGUACUCUAUUUACACAAUAGAGUAAACAGUCAUAUCAGAAACGUAACGAAUGUGCUUCUCUUAAUUUGAAGUUUCGCCGCACACAUCCGCUCUGAACACGGAAGUAAAAUGCUCCUGAUGUAGUUUUGUAAUGGAGAAAGUUAUAAAAACAAUUCAUAUGAAGAACAAGCUCAAGUGAGUGAGUUUUCUAUUGUUUUUAUUUUCUUGUUCUUAUUUUCAAGCAAUAUCCCUCGCACAUUUCUUUCUUUGUUAUUUACUUUUCCUUACUUA